UGAAGUGCGGCGCGCAGUUUGGAGCAUCUCAGCUUGUUUGCAGUCUGAAGGUGUGUCUGGUGCUGAUACAGGUGUGUCGGUGUUGGAGGGAGAUUCAGUCACUCUACACACUGGUGUUAAAACAAACCAACAAGAAAAAAUUAAAUGGUAUUUUAAUGACAUUCGAAUAGCUCAAAUCAGUGUAAACCAGAGUAAGAUCUGUACAGAUGUUCAGUGUAAAGAUGGUGAUGAGAGAUUCAGAGGCAGACUGAAGCUGGACAAACGGACUGGAUCUCUGACCAUCAUGAACACCAGAACCACAGACACUGGACUUUAUAAACUACAGAUCAUCAACAGCAGAAUCAGCAUCAUGAAGAGAUUCAGUGUCAGUUCAUCUGGUGUUGGUAUAGAUGAGGUGUCAGCAAAUGUGACGGAGGGGGAUUCAAUCAUUCUAAAUACUAAUGUUAAAACAAAUGAACAAGAAAAGAUUAAAUGGUAUUUUAUUGACACCCGUAUAGCUCAAAUCAAUGGAGACCUCAGUAAGACCUGUACAGAUGUUCAAUGUAAUAAAGGCACUGAGAUAUUCAGAGACAGACUGAAGCUGGAUCAUCAGACUGGAUCUCUGACCAUCAUGAACAUCAACACCACGUACUCUGGACUUUAUCAACUACAGAUCAUCAGCGAAAGAAUCAGCAUCAUGAAGCACUUCAGUGUUGUUGUAGAUGGUGUUUCUGCUGCUGAUCGAGAUAAAAUGAGAAGAAAGUCAGUGAAGGAGAGAGAAUCUGUCACUUUAGAAUCUGGUGAAAUAAACAAAACUAAUAAUUCGAUGGCGUGGUAUUUUAAUGACAUUCGCAUCGCUGAAAUCAUUGAAGAUCCAAGUGAAAUCUGUGCAGAUGAUCAGUGUAAAGAGAGAUUCAGAGACAGACUGAAGCUGGAUCAUCAGACUGGAUCUCUGACCAUCAUGAACACCAGAACCACAGACUCUGGAGUUUAUCAACUACAGAUCAACAGGAUCAGAUUCAGCAUCAUUAAGAGCUUCACUGUUACUGUCACUGCUGUUCUAGCAGGAAUAUAUGCUUCUGUUCCUGUUGUUGCUGUUGUUGUUGUUGUUGUUCUGCUGCUUGUUGCUGCUUCUGCUGUGAUUUACUAUCGCUGGCGCCAUGAUAGAACGAGAGACAAUGUGAUGCAGGUCAGUGAUCAGAAUCGUGCAAAAGACUUUUCCCCUAAUCAGUCUGCAGCUCUGAUGGAUGAGACGUCCUCUAAUCAGUCUGAGACUCGUGCUGCCAAUGAGACGUCACAGUAACAUUAUUAUUAUUAUUAUUAUUUCAUUGAAAAUGAACAUGAAGAGAAGAUUGGAAAUGAGAGAAGAGCAUCAGCUGAAACUCAAAACACUCUACCAACACAAUACCACGAUUUCAGUAUCAGGUACCAGUACUGAAA